AAAAAAAGAACCAAAAAAACAGAGAGAGAGGGAGAGAGAGUCCGAUUCCGACCACGACUCCGCUAAUGGUGUCCACGGCUCACUAGCUUCGGAUGGAGUCCGCUUCCUCCACCGCCUUCUCCUUCACUCUCCUCCGCCGCUCCUCAUCCACCAAGCUCGGAGGAGCCGCCGCCGCCGCCAAUGGCAGCGUCUUCACUCGGCGGAUGGGGAGGCCGUCCGUUCGCGUCUCUGCUCUCUCGUACCGGAAGUUCGUCCAAUUCGGUCUCGACGAGACGGCGCUCCACGCGGACUUGACCCCUUCUCCUACGCAGGAAAGGUUCAGCUCCAUGAAGCCAUUGGAUGACGAAACAGAGAUCGAGUUGUUAUCGUAUAAAGCGCCAAAAAUUAGGUUGCUUCGGAGUUUGCGCAUUCAAGGGAGCAAGGGACUGCGGGUUUUGGAUUUUGCUAUGUUUCCAGAACCAGAAUAUGAUCUGCCUAUAUUCUGUGCCAACUUUUUCACUGCUGCCGAGACAAACAUAGUUGUUCUGGACCUUAACCCUCUAUAUGACGUCAUCAAGCACGAAGAAUACAAAGAUAAGUACUAUGAAGGCCUGAUGCCUUUAGGUCUCAAGUAUGCUGAGCUUUUACCAUGGGGUGGAAAAAUAACGGGUGAAUCGUUGAGAUUCUUUUCACCGAUAGUCAUAUGGACCAGGUUUGAGUCUAGUCAACACAUGCACGACGUUUUAUACUCUGCAUUCGUGGAUUAUCUCAAGGCUUGGCAUGUUUUGAUGGACCUAGGAAUAAGGGAGACUGAUGCAUCUCGAAUUAUAGCCAACCGUGAAGCGCAGCAUCGGUAUCUGACUUGGAGAGCACAAAAGGACCCGGGUUAUCAACUUUUGAAAAGGUUAAUUGGGGAGACACAUGCAAAGAAUGUGGUCCGGAGCUUCCUAUUCGAUGGAGUCGAUUCACUAGGAAGCAAAACAUUUUUGGAUUACUUUCCAGAAUAUCGAUGUGAAGAAGGCAGAGUAAAUGAGAAGAGAAGCAUGAUCGGGAAGUCUUUCGCAACUCGACCGUGGAACAGAAAAGGAGAAUAUAUCGGCAACAGUAAUGACUAACCUGCACCGAGCAUCCAUUCUAUUGUUCAUUGUGCUUCUGUUGCCUCCUUGACCGGGUCUGUUUCACUGUGCUGCUGCACUUAAACUAGUGCACGAGUGAGCUUUUUUUCCUGUUCAGGCUAGCGACAUACUUUUCGGGUUUGGUUAUUUAUAUGUCUCUGAUUGACAAAGUUGUUAUCUUAGUCAUUUGUAAUUUUGCUCAUUUUUCUUGCAAAAAGUCAAGUGCUUGAUCUGUAAGUAUGGUGCAAGAGUUUGAAAAUGUAGCUUACAUGUGAUUAAUGCACCUUUCUUCUUGUAA